GCUGUGGGCGCCGGGAGCGAGCGGCGGCGGCGGCGACCUGAGGCGCCGGGGGACGGGGCCAGCAUGUCUUUCCGCGACCUCCGCAAUUUCACAGAGAUGAUGAGAGCGCUGGGAUAUCCACGGCAUAUUUCUAUGGAAAAUUUCCGCACCCCCAAUUUUGGCCUUGUGUCCGAAGUGCUUCUCUGGCUCGUGAAAAGGUAUGAACCUCAGACUGACAUCCCUUCUGACAUAGACACUGAACAGGACCGCGUUUUCUUCAUUAAGGCAAUAGCCCAGUUCAUGGCUACUAAGGCUCACAUAAAACUCAACACAAAGAAGCUUUACCAGGCCGACGGGUAUGCAGUGAAGGAGUUGCUGAAGGUUACGUCCGUGCUUUAUGACGCUAUGAAGACGAAAGGGGUGGAGGGCUCUAAGCCAGGGGAGGAAGACGUCAGCAAGUUCAAGUUCGAUCUUGCCUCCAAGGUGGCGGAUUUGAAAGCAGCCAGGCAGCUUGCUUCUGAAAUCACCUCCAAAGGAGCGUCUCUGUACGACUUGCUGGGCAAGGAGGUCGAGCUGAGGGAACUGAGAACAGAAGCCAUUGCAAGACCUCUGGAAAUCAAUGAGACUGAGAAAGUGAUGAGAAUUGCAAUAAAAGAGAUUUUGGUGCAAGUUCAGAAGACAAAGGACCUGCUCAAUAACGUUGCCUCUGAUGAAGCUAAUUUAGAAGCCAAAAUUGAAAAAAGAAAAUUAGAACUGGAAAGAAACCGGAAGCGUCUCCAGAGCCUGCAGAGUGUCAGGCCUGCCUUUAUGGAUGAGUAUGAGAAGAUUGAGGAAGAAUUGCAAAAGCAGUAUGACAUUUAUCUCGAGAAAUUUCGCAAUUUAGCUUACCUGGAACAGCAGCUUGAAGACCAUCAUAGGAUGGAGCAGGAGAGGUUCGAGGAAGCAGAAAACACGCUGCGUCUGAUGCAGAACAAGCUGAAGGAGGAGGAGAGACGGCUGUUCAAGACUGGAGGGAACAACGACUCAGACAUGGACAUUCAGGAGGACGACGAGUCUGACAGUGAGGUGGAAGACAGGCGGCUGUCCAAGCCGCGGACGGCCAUGGAGGUGCUCAUGCAAGGACGACCCAACAAACACGUCGUGGGCACGAUGCAGGGCGGAGACUCCGAUGAUGAAGACGACUCAGAGGACAGUGAGAUUGACAUGGACGACGAUGAAGAAGAUGACGAGGACUUGGAGGACGAGAGCAUUGCUCUGUCACCAGCUAAGCCCAGCAGAAGGCUCCAGAAGCCUGAGCCCCUGGAUGAGAGUGACAAUGAUUUCUGACCCUCUUGCCAAGGGACCCAAGCAGAUGGCAGACCUCAGAUUUGUAGGUAAAUGGGCCAUGAGAAGGUUAGGACGGUGACCUAUGACCACUCCCCACGCCAGCCCGACUCGUUGAUGCGAGGUGCUUGUGUCUGCGUUCGCCUCCUGUGUAUGGAUUCCGUGAAGCUUAAUAAGAACUGGAGCAAACCCCAAAGAUGACUUGCUUUUGCCUUCUUUAUCUCCUGUAACCCAGGAGAUGAAGUGUUCUUAGUGGUUCACAUCCAUGGGAGAAAACUCAGGAGAAGGGAGAGCUGACCGCACAGGCGUCUCGGGACUUGACACAGGGACCCGGCGAGGGCCAGGGGACAUUGGUUAGAACGCUUUCUGCACACUGGCUGUUCAUUCUAGCCCUUAUUUCAUUGUCUUAUUUUCUUCCUGCUGCAUGCUUACAAUCCCAAGCAUUAAGUGCAUUUUAGUAAUUAAAGUUUUCUGAAGGGCUAGCUAAGUUAAGUGAAAAGCAGCUUCCCUUUGAAAAUAAGGCGCAGAGAAAGGCUCCAGAUUGCCAACAGCUCCGAGGCUGACAUUCCCUGGGGAGUCAGAGUCCCUGAGCGCAGCAGCCCUUCCGUGUGUCCAAAGCCGCUACUAAGUGGCGGAAUCCGGCUGACCCGGGGCCCCCAUUCCAGACUCCCGAGACACCAGCCUGCCCUCCGUCUGCCCACGGGGUUCCUCUACAGAACCUUGUCUCAAGCGUGGCAGGGCGCUGUCCCAAGGCUCACAACUAGCACACCUCCUCAGGGGAAGGUGCCAGCUCUGCAAAAAGUGUUAGUCCUGAUUUGUGUUUCUGAUUCUAAAAUAAACCAGAGGACUUAGGGAGAGGCGCACAGGAAGAGUUUCCCUUUGUGAACAGAUGUGAUGGCAGUGAGUUGGUUUACUGUUUGUUUUAGUAUGAAAAGCACAAAACUGCUCGUUUGCUUUACAGUUAUGAAGCCAGAAGACUUCUGAAGUUACUUAUGUUUUAAUGAAUGUUUUUAAUGUCAUUUUUACAUUAUUAAAGCUUUACU